AUGGCUCCCAAUAGGCCCAGGCUUAGCGUUCCGCAGCUACCCCCAACAGGAACACCAUGGGGACCCACACCCGGGCUUCAGGAUCCCGCAUCCUCCCCUGGGUAUCCAGUUCCAGAACUAAGCGCCCUGUGCGGGAUCCUCCCGGCUGACACUCUUGGCUCCCAGAAGCUGCAGGAGCCGGCGGGCUUUGAGCGUCGGAGCCCCGGGCGCCCCGUGCCUCGCAGGAGUGUGGACGCUGCCCUUCUAGGGAUGGGGACCCCGCCUCGGAGCCUUUUCCCCCGCGCCAGCUGUCAGAGCUCUUGGCUCUUCCCGUCCUCCCAGGAACCUAACCCUGUGUCACUCCUUCCGGCAUUCCCUGAGCCCCUGGGAGUCAGGGCUGUGGCCCUGGGCAUGGAGCCAGUCUCCUGCUGUGACAACCAGGACAAAGACAAUUCUGGUGCCACAGUCUUGCAUCUGGCUGCCCACUUCGGCCACCCCGAGGUGGUGAACUGGCUCUUGCAUCUUGGCGGUGGGGACCCCACCAUGGCCACAGACAUGGGUGCCCUGUCUAUCCACUACGCUGCCACCAAAGGAGACUUCCCCUCCCUGAGGCUUCUCGUCGGGCACUACCCUGAGGGAGUGAAUGCCCAAACCAAAAACGGUGCCACGCCCCUGUACCUGGCGUGCCAGGAGGGCCACCUGGAGGUGACGCAGUACCUGGUGCAGGAAUGCGGCGGAGACCCGCACGCGCGCGCCCACGACGGCAUGACCCCACUGCACGCCGGGGCGCAGAUGGGCCACAGCCCGGUCAUCGUGUGGUUGGUGAGCUGCACGGACGUGAGCCUGUGGGAGCAGGACAAAGACUGCGCCACCGCCAUGCACUUCGCGGCGAGCCGCGGCCACACCAAGGUGCUCAGCUGGCUGCUGCUGCACGGCGGGGAGAUCUCGGCUGACCUGUGGGGCGGGACCCCGCCGCACGACGCCGCCGAGAACGGGGAGCUAGAGGUCAGCUCGGGCCGGGGUGGGGGCGCGCGCCCUCUGCUGGCACGGCGCUCUCGGCAUGGCCCUGCCUGGGCGCGGGGGUCCCAGCUCGCGGCCGCGGCCGGGUCCUUACUGCGUGCCCCGCAGUGCUGCCAGAUCCUGGUAGUGAACUGCGCGGAGCUGGACGUCCGCGACCGCGACGGGUACACGGCCGCCGACCUGUCGGACUUCAACGGCCACGGCCACUGCACCCGCUACCUGCGCACGGUGGAGAAACUGAGCGUGGAGCACCGCGUGCUCUCCCGGGAUCCAUCCGUGGAGCUGGAGGUGAAGCAGCCGAAUUCAGGCAUGUCCUCACCCAACACCAUGGUCCAGCCUCUGAACUUUGACCUCAGCUCGCCCACCAGCACCCUCUCCAACUACGACUCCUGCUCCUCCAGCCACUCCAGCAUCAAGGGCCAGCACCCUCCACGUGGCCUUUCCAACACUAGAGCUGCAGACACACAGAGCUACAUGGACAUGCUGAACGCGGAGCUGGGCCUGCCUCGGGGCACGAUUGGGAAGCCCACACCCCCACCACCCCCACCCAGCUUCCCCCUACCAUCCCCACCCCCAGGCACCCAACUGCCCCCACCCCCACCUGGCUACCCAGCUCCCAAGCCUCCUGUGGGACCACAGGCAGCUGACAUCUACAUGCAGACCAAGAACAAACUCCGCCACGUGGAGACAGAGGCCCUCAAGAAGGAGAGUGGCCGGGUUGUCAUGGAGUUGACAGAGAAUGCAUGGAGACUGCCCCUCCCCAAGCAUGCCCCCAGCCCCCACAGCCCCAGGCUCAGUCGGAGAGUGUCACCCAAGGGAGGUGGCUGCCAGGUGGAAGGUGCCAGUGGCAUGGCUGUGGAGGCGGAACUCCCUGGGAACCACGUGCCUAACGGCUGCGCCGCGGACCCCAAGGCGUCCAGGGAGUUGCCCCCGCCGCCCCCGCCGCCAUAACCGCCGCCGCCCCUGCCCCAGGCCAGGAGUUCGCCGUCGGUGGUCCCGCCUCUGCCCCUGGAGGGCGCUGGCCCUGUCUGCUGGCAGCGCCGCUCCUCCUCGUCCACAGGCCAAGUGAGAGUCCUGAGGCACAGCAAGACCUGGGAAUCCAAGAGCUGUCGGCCCAUUUAUUCCUCCCUCCCAGACCUGACCCCUUCAUCAGGGCUCAAGAGACCUCUCUCUCCAAAUCUCCAUUCCCCUCCUCCGGCUAAGCCGGAAAAUACACCCUCUGCCCUGGGUGUUUGCAUAUUACCCGCCUGCCCUUCUUCCUGGGUGCCUCCUGUAGCCUUAGUAAGGGCUCUGCUUUCCCCUAGAGCUGAGCCAUGCUUUGCCAUAAAUGUGCUCCCGGCUUGCAACCAAUGUGUCUGCUUGUGCGUCUGUCUGUG